CUGCUUUGGUGUUUUCAACACGUAGAAUUUUCUCCUGAUGGAGGACAAAUGGAAAGAAUACAUGAAUUUCUGAGGGUUCCUUUAUCCAAAUGAAGCAGCAGAUGAAAAAACGCUGUUUCAUAUUUGUGAUGCUGAACAUAUCCUGGGCGGGGCCACAAGCUUCAUGCCCCGCCCCUUUCUCCCCUGCAGACCAACAGAUCCAUGAACGUUUUUGUUUUCCUGGAAUCUGGAUAAGAACCGGCCGGAUGGAUGGGUGGGAUGCUGCUACCAUUUUUAAUGGUGUUAGAUUGGGGCUGUAAGCUAGUGGAUCUGGAUCAGGUGGAACUGGAGGAACCCGGACAUGUCUGAGAACUGAUCUGCAGGGAAAUCAUCUCCUUUGCAUUCCAUCAGAACGGACAGCAUGAAUGACCUUUACACACCUGAGUGAGUCGGUUUCAUACGAGCAGACAUGGGUCAGGCAGGAUCGUCUUCCUGUCCUCAGGUGAUUCUCAUGGGUUUGGACUCUUCAGGGAAGUCUACUCUGCUGGCCAGACUGCUAACAGGAAAGGUGGUGACCACGUCUCCAACCGUCGGCUUCAACGUUGGAACGCUGAACCUGGAUAAGAAGACAUCUCUGACACUCUGGGAUGUUGGGGGGCAGAAGAACAUGAGGCCCAACUGGAGACUCUACCUGGACAACUGCAAGGCCCUGGUCUUUGUUGUGGACAGCAGUGACACGGCUCGCAUGGCCGAAGCCAAGAAGGCGCUGAAGAUGGUCCUGAGUGACAAGAAACUGGAGGGGGUUCCUCUGAUGGUCCUGGCCAACAAGAAGGAUCUCCCUAACAGCAUGAAAAUACGAGAGGUGUCUACUCUGCUGGACCUGGAGAGCUACAAGGACCUGCAGUGGGAGAUCCAGGCCUGCAGUGCCGUGGAGGGACUGGGCCUGCAGCAGGCCUUCCUCUCCGUCCACAGAAUGAUCAAGAAAAGCUGAGAGGACAACAGUCUGACACCUUGUACAAGUUUUUACUGACAUCUUCACAUGAACUGACAGGUUCCGUCAUCUGGUUCCUUCACAAUUUCCUGCUGUCUUUGAACUUUGACAUGUAAAUCUUCUUUUAAUGUUCAGCCUGAAAAUUCAAAAAUUAAAGCGUUUCUAGAUAAAGA